CAAUUGUCUCCCCCCCCCCCCCCCAAACCCCCCAACCCCUGAAAAAUCAAUAUUAUUUUGAAAUUGCUACUUUGGAGAGAGAGGGAGAGGGAAAGGAAGAGGAAAAGGAAGAAUGGCGGCGACGAAUAUAGGGAUGAUGGAUAGUGCGUACUUCGUCGGGAGGAAUGAGAUCUUGUCAUGGAUCAACGAUAGGCUUCAGCUCCAUCUCUCCCGAGUUGAGGAGGCUGCAUCCGGUGCUGUGCAGUGUCAGAUGAUGGACAUGACUCAUCCAGGAAUUGUUCCAAUGCACAAGGUAAACUUUGAUGCAAAAACUGAAUAUGAUAUGAUCCAGAACUACAAAGUGUUGCAAGAAGUAUUUAAUAAAUUAAAAAUUGACAAGCAUAUUGAAGUCGGCAGACUAGUUAAGGGUCGACCUUUGGACAACUUGGAAUUUUUACAAUGGCUAAAGCGCUAUUGUGAUUCUGUAAAUGGCGGCAUCAUGAAUGAGAAUUAUAAUCCCGUAGAGCGCAGAAGUAAGGGUGGUAGAGAACGAAUUCCCAAGGGUUCUCAUAAACGCUCCAAAUCACUGCAAGCAAACAAUUCGCACGACUCUGGUGAUGGAGGGACCACGCAACGGAAAACAAAUGCUUUCGCAGAGAUUGAGGCUCUGACGAAGGAGAUAACAGAUCUUAAGCUAUCUGUGGAUGUUUUGGAAAAUGAAAGAGACUUCUAUUUUGCUAAGUUGCGAGAUAUAGAAAUACUUUGUCAAACUCCUGAGUUGGAGCAGCAACCGCUUUUUUUGCUUGGCACACUUUUGGUGGCCCUCCUCAAAUCACUGCAGAUGGCUGUGGCAAUUAAGAAGAUAUUGUAUGCUGCCGAUGCAAAUGAAUCGUCACUUGAAGAAGCUCAAGAAAUUGUGAGCGAAGAUGGAAGCGAUGGGGAUGUUGAUCCAAGCACAAACUAACACAGUUUCUUGUCUUUACUUACUAAUGGCUUUCUUCCUGGAUGUUUAGCCAUUGGAUGAAGAUCGCAAGUUGUAGAAAUGGUUGUCAACUGUUAUGACGUUUUUCUUGGUAUUUAUAGCAUUCUUGGAAUGUUUUAUGAGAACUUACUUGUCUUCUCAAUGACUUUGAAUUAUAUGGAGACUAUCUUUCGCCCUAAAA